UGGACACCAGCCUCUUUCCUCCUCCAGGGCACCAGACUCAAGCACCCGCUGCAUUCCCCAGAUCCAGGCGUCCACCUGCAGGAUCCUCGUGGGCUUGCUUGCUCGCCUAUCCUCCUGUCCUUCUUACUGCAGCACCCGGCUUGCAUCGUUGUACCACCUCGUUCUCCGCCCGCAUCAGCCAGCCAGCUCAGCACUGCCCGCUGCCGCUGCCACAACCCUGUCGCGGAUACGGAUGCUUCGUGCUCCUGCCAUCGUCCUAAUUCCAUCGAAAAGAGCUCGCACGUCUGCUCUUCACGAUUCUGCACACCAAACACUUUCCCCCUUAGCGAAGGGCACGAGCGGUCUCCGUCCUGACCCAUGACCCUAGCUUAAGAGGCACCCGAGCCCACACCGCAACGACGUUACGAACAUUUUCCCUCUCAAUACUAUUAGAAGAAAACGCUCACUUGUGAGCAAACCGGCCCGUCCCCAUGUCGCAUAGCUACGAUGUCGGGACGCGAGUCUGGCAGCCCGAUGCCACCGAGGGCUGGGUGGCAUCCGAGGUUAUCAGCAAGACCGUCAACGGCGACAAGGUGAUCCUGGAGUUCCAGCUCGAGAACGACGAGGUCAAAACAGCCGAGAUCUCGCUCGAAGCUCUUCAGAAUGGCAAAGAUGCCUCGCUGCCGCCACUCAUGAACCCUUCCAUGCUGGAAGCCAGCGAUGAUUUGACGAACCUUUCGCACUUGAACGAGCCUGCCGUUCUGCAGGCGAUUCGUCUGCGAUAUGCGCAAAAGGAGAUCUACACUUACAGUGGUAUCGUCCUCAUUGCGACGAACCCGUUUGCCCGAGUCGACUCGCUCUACGUGCCCGGCAUGGUCCAGGUUUACGCCGGCAAGCAGAGAGAGACUCAGGCGCCUCACUUGUUCGCCAUUGCUGAGGAGGCUUUUAUAAAAAUGAUCAAGGACAGCAAGAACCAGACUGUGGUUGUCUCUGGAGAGUCCGGUGCCGGAAAGACAGUCAGCGCCAAAUACAUCAUGCGGUACUUCGCGACAAGAGAAUCGCCGAGCGAGACUGGUUCGCGGUCAAGAAAGGGGGGCGACUCCAUGAGUGAGACGGAAGAGCAGAUUCUGGCGACAAAUCCCAUCAUGGAAGCUUUCGGAAACGCCAAGACCACGAGAAACGACAAUUCUUCGCGCUUUGGAAAGUACAUUGAGAUCAUGUUUGACAAGAAGACCAACAUCAUUGGUGCAAAGAUUCGAACGUAUCUUCUUGAGCGGUCAAGACUCGUGUUCCAGCCGCUCAAGGAGCGAAACUACCACAUUUUCUACCAGCUGCUGGCAGGCGCGACCGAGCAAGAGCGCGAGGAGCUCAACCUGCUUCCGGUCGAGCAAUUCGACUAUCUCAACCAGGGCAAUGCACCCAUCAUUGAUGGUGUGGACGACAAGGCGGAAUUCAUCGCGACAAAGAGCUCUUUGAGCACUAUUGGUGUAAAUGAAGCAAAACAGUCUGGCAUCUUCCAUUUGCUGGCCGGUCUGCUGCAUCUUGGAAACGUCAAGAUCACUGCCUCCAGAAACGACAGCGUGCUCGCCCCUGAUGAGCCCAGCUUGGUCAAGGCCUGCGCCCUUUUGGGAAUCGAUGCGACGACCUUCGCCAAGUGGAUUGUCAAGAAGCAGCUCGUCACCCGCGGUGAGAAGAUCGUCUCCAACCUCACCCAGCAGCAAGCUGUUGUCGUUCGUGACUCGGUUGCCAAGUACAUCUACUCGAGUUUGUUUGACUGGCUCGUCGAGGUCAUCAACAAGAGCUUGGCUACUGACGAGGUCCUGAGCCGUGUCACUUCAUUCAUUGGUGUUCUUGAUAUUUAUGGUUUCGAGCACUUCGCCAAGAACUCCUUUGAGCAGUUCUGCAUCAACUACGCCAACGAGAAGCUUCAACAGCAAUUCAACUCCCACGUCUUCAGACUUGAGCAAGAGGAGUACGUUCGCGAACAAAUCGACUGGACAUUCAUCGAUUUCUCAGACAACCAGCCUUGCAUCGACCUUAUCGAAGGCAAGCUCGGUGUAUUGUCUCUGUUGGACGAGGAGUCGAGGUUGCCCAUGGGCUCUGACGAGCAGUUCGUCACAAAGCUCCACCACCACUUUGCCGCCGACAAGAACAAGUUUUACAAGAAGCCAAGAUUCGGCAAGUCUUCGUUCACAGUCUGCCACUAUGCUGUUGACGUCACUUAUGAGUCCGAGGGCUUCAUCGAGAAGAACAGAGACACUGUCCCCGACGAGCACAUGGAGGUCAUGCGUGCUUCGUCCAACGAUUUCCUUGGCGACGUUCUUGCGGCCGCGUCUGCUGCCCGCGAGAAGGACGUUGCUUCCAGUGGCUCGGCGGUUGCCAAGCCAGCAGCUGGCAGGAAGAUUGGAGUUGCUGUGAACCGCAAGCCCACUCUCGGUGGCAUCUUCCGCUCCUCGCUCAUUGAGCUCAUGGCCACAAUUGGCAACACCAACGUCCAUUACAUCCGUUGUAUCAAGCCCAACGAAGCCAAGGUGGCCUGGAAGUUCGAAGGCCCCAUGGUUCUCAGCCAGCUCAGAGCCUGCGGUGUCUUGGAGACCAUCCGCAUUAGUACCGCUGGUUAUCCUGGUCGCUGGACUUAUGAGGAGUUUGCACUCCGGUACUACCUGCUUGUGCCGUCGACGGAGUGGCAGACCGAGAUUCGGCAACUUGUCAAGCAGAUCUUGGCCAAAGCCCUGGGCACCCUUACUGGUACCGGCUCUGACAACUACCAGCUGGGUCUGACCAAGAUCUUCUUCCGCGCUGGUAUGCUCGCUCACUUGGAGAACCUCCGCCAGACUCGGAUGACCGAGGCGGCUACCAUGAUCCAGAAGAACCUCAAGGCCAAGUACUACCGCCGCAAGUACCUCGAGGCACGAGAGUCUGUCGUUGCUCUUCAGUCCCUCUUCCGUGGCUACACGACAAGGCGGAAAGCCCAAGACCUUCGCAUCACAAAGGCUGCCACGACCAUCCAGCGAGUAUGGAAGGGCCAGAAGCAGCGGAAGCAGUUCUUGCGCAUCCGCAAUGACAUCAUCCUUGCUCAGGCUGCUGCCAAAGGUUACCUCCGCCGCAGGGAGAUCAUGGAGACUCGUGUCGGCAAUGCUGUUCUGCUCAUCCAGCGUGUCUGGCGUGCGAGGAGACAGCUCCGCUCUUGGCGCCAGUAUCGUAAGAAGGUCGUCCUCGUCCAGAGCUUGUGGCGUGGUAAGCAGGCGAGAAAGGGAUACAAGAAGGUCCGCGAGGAGGCUCGUGACCUGAAGCAGAUCUCGUACAAGCUCGAGAACAAGGUUGUCGAGCUCACACAGUCGUUGGGAACCAUGAAGUCCCAGAACAAGACCCUCGUCUCGCAGGUCGAGAACUACGAGAAUCAAAUCAAGUCCUGGAAGACUCGCCAUGCUGCUCUUGAGACAAGGACCAAGGAACUGCAGGCCGAGGCCAACCAGGCCGGUAUUGCCGUUGCCAAGCUGCAAGCGAUGGAGGAGGAGAUGAAGAAGCUCCAGACGAACUUUGAUGACUCAACCCACAACGUCAAGCGGAUGCAAGAAGAGGAGCGCAAGCUUAAGGAAUCCCUCAGGACUGCUACUUCGGAGCUGGAGCGUGUACGCCAGGAGACCACGCAGCACGAGAACGAGAAGAUCUCGCUGCGCGAGCAACUGGCUCACAUGUCUGAAGAGCUUGAGCUUGCACGUCGGUCGGCUCCUGUCAACGGCGAGGCGACCAAUGGCUCGAAUGUUGCGCCGCCUAUCAGCGGACUUAUCAACUUGGUCACUUCCAAGAAGCCCAAGCGGCGGAGUGCUGGCGCGGAGCUUCGGGAUGCCGACCGCUUCAGCGCGGCAUACAACCCGAGACCUGUCUCGAUGGCUGUUACUGGCGGUGCCAGCAGACAGCUGGGAGGCGGUGCUUUCGCGCCUGCUGACUCGAUCGAGAUGGAGCUCGAGGAUCUGCUCGCAGAUGAGGAUGGCUUGAACGAGGAGGUUACCAUGGGCUUGAUCCGGAACCUCAAGAUCCCAUCGCCCAACACAACUCCUCCUCCCUCCGACAAGGAGGUUCUGUUCCCGUCGUACCUGAUCAACCUUGUCACUUCCGAGAUGUGGAACAAUGGUUUUGUCAAGGAGUCAGAAAGAUUCCUCGCCAAUGUCAUGCAGUCUAUCCAGCAGGAGGUCAUGCAGCACGACAGCGACGAUGCUAUCAACCCUGGCGCUUUCUGGCUGUCCAAUGUUCACGAGAUGCUCUCCUUCGUCUUCCUUGCUGAGGACUGGUACGAAGCUCAGAAGACCGACAACUACGAGUACGAUCGGCUCCUAGAGAUUGUCAAGCACGACCUUGAGAGCUUGGAGUUCAACAUCUAUCACACCUGGAUGAAGAUCAUCAAGAAGAAGCUCAACAAGAUGAUUAUUCCUGCUAUCAUCGAGUCUCAGUCUCUGCCCGGCUUUGUCACGAACGAAAGUAACAGAUUCCUCGGCAAACUGCUGCAGACCAACUCCCAGCCUGCGUACAGCAUGGAUAACCUGCUCAGCCUGCUCAACAACGUCUUCCGGGCGAUGAAGUCAUACUACCUCGAAGACUCGUACAUUAUGCAGACCAUCACUGAGCUGCUCCGCCUCGUUGGUGUCACUGCUUUCAACGAUUUGCUCAUGCGUCGCAACUUCCUCUCCUGGAAGCGUGGUCUCCAGAUCAACUACAACAUUACUCGUAUUGAGGAGUGGUGUAAGAGCCACGACAUGCCUGAGGGCACUCUACAGCUCGAGCACUUGAUGCAAGCGACAAAGCUUCUGCAGCUGAAGAAGGCUACCCUGAACGACAUUGAGAUCAUUCAGGAUAUCUGCUGGAUGUUGUCACCCAACCAGAUCCAGAAGCUGCUGAACCAGUACCUUGUUGCUGAUUACGAGCAGCCUAUCAAUGGCGAGAUUAUGAAGGCCGUCGCCUCAAGAGUCACGGAGAAGAGCGAUGUUCUGCUGCUGCAGGCUGUCGACAUGGACGACAGUGGCCCGUACGAGAUCGCCGAGCCGAGAUCCAUCACUGCUUUGGAGACUUACACACCAUCAUGGCUGCAAACUCCCCGCCUCAAGCGCCUUGCCGAGAUUGUGUCUGCUCAGGCUGUCGCUCAGCAGGAGAAGUACGAUCCGGAGGCCUAUGGUGAGCACGCCGAUUCUUUCCCUGAGGAAGACGAGGACGACGAGGAAGCCCCUGUCACCACUGCGUAGAGCGGAGUUGUGACAAGGUGGCGGACCGUUUCACCCGCCAUGUCUAUACGAAGUGCUUGAGACGCGAAAUAGAGGCGAGUCUUUUUUGUCGCGAAGCAAGAGGUGUAAAA